AUGGGCUGCAGUCAAUCCAAGGCGUCGACCGACCAGGUCGUGGAGCGUGUGUCGAUAGACAGUCCGGCGGCCGAAGCUCCGAUCCCUGAAAGCAUCAAGACUAGUGAACCCGAGCCGGUUGUCGAGGCCCCGCCCGCUUCAGCGGAUGAGUUGCCGCCUGCCCCCGCUUCGGUUCCAGUUGAAGAGGCCCCAAAGACGGCCGAACCUGAAGAACCUGCAGUUGAAGAAGCCCCCAAGACCGAGGAGGUGGAGGCGCCUGCUACACCAAUUGAAGAGCCAGCAGAGGAAGUUGCUGCUCCAGUUGAAGAAGCCCCAGUCGAGGAGGCCCCAAAGACGGAAGAGAAGGUCACCGAAGCCGAACCGGAGGAAGUCCCGGUCGAGGCUGAACCUGAAGCACCCAAGUCGGAGCCUGUCGUUGAAGUAGAAGUUCCCACGGUUGAGCCUGCCGUCGAGACACCAAUGGAAGAGGGAGCUCCAGUUGAAGAGGAGACGCCCGCUGAAGCGCCUAAGUCCGAGGUGAUUGCUGCCCCUGUUAGUGAGGUGAAGUCUGGUACUGAAGCCACACUGACCUUCAAGGCCGAGGACGUGACGUUCAACGACAAGGGUGUCGCCUACUACAACUUCGACGGUUCGGACUCCAGCAAUCCGGCCAACGACGUGCACGUGUCCAAGCGAUACUCAGAGUUCAAGGCUCUGCACGCGCAGCUCACGCAGCAGUUGGCGGAUAACCAGGAUGAGAAGACGUCGGACCUUCCGGCGCUGCCCAAGGCCUCGCUACUUCAGGGUCGCAAGAACAAGAAGAUGCUGGAGGACCGCAAGACACAAUUCACCGCUUUGCUCAACUCUAUUGCCGCACACCCCGUUGCAUCUCAGAGCGACGUAUUCAAGAACUUUUUGGCGUAG